GAAGUCAAUGUGUCUUAAACCCUAAACCCUUGACCCCGAUAUUCUCUCUUAUCUCUUCAGCAUUUUGGGUUCCUCUGUAUUCCUCCUCCGCCGAACCACCGAGUUUCUCAACCUUGUGUGACAGGCUCGUCUCCUCGACUCCUCAACCUUGUUUUGAAGCCCAAUUGUUGGGUUUGUGUUCUUAAAAAUGGUGAGGCCGUACGCAGCGAAGGGAAAGAAGCGGAAGUCGAGGGAAGAGAAGUACGACAGAGAUGAAGAAGAAUUAGCAGAACAAGUAGAGGAACCCAGCAAAACAGCCAAGGUUGACGACCAAUUCGAACUUGAGGGCAUUCCUAUUGCGCCAACUGAGCCCAACCCCAAGAACGGACCUGGGGUCAUCUUCAUCCUCGAGAAAGCUUGUUUGGAAAUCGGCAAAGUUGGAAAGACUGAACAGCUCUUGAAUUCUGAUGAUCACGCAAAUUUCUUGAAGAAGAAAGGCAAAAACCCUGCUCAUUAUAGGCCUGAUAUCCUUCAUCAGGCUCUGCUUAUGGUUUUAGAUAGCCCAAUUAAUAAAGCCGGGAGGUUGAGAUGUGUGUAUGUGAAGACUGAGGAUGGUAAACUUAUUGAGAUUAAGCCAUUUGUUCGUAUCCCAAGGACAUUUAAGCGGUUCUCUGGUGUCAUGUUGCAGUUGCUACAGAAACUGAGUAUAUCUGCAGUCGGUAAGCGUGAGAAACUUAUGCGUAUGAUUAAGAACCCUGUGACACAGUAUUUACCUGUCAACUCCCGAAAAGUAGGACUCUCGUACAGUUCAGAGAAAUUAGUUAGCAUUCAAAAUUAUGUUGCUGCUGCUGAAAACAAUACGGACCUUGUUUUUGUGGUCGGUGCAAUGGCUCAUGGCAAAGUUGAGACGGACUAUACUGAGGAUUUUGUAUCGAUUUGUAGUUAUCCAUUGAGUGCUGCGUACUGUAUCACAAUGAUUUGCCAAGCAUUGGCGGGGAAGUGGAACAUUUUGUGAUCCUUUCCACUGGUUGUAGUCAAAUCCGUGAUAUUAAUGUCUCUGUAAUACUUCUGCUAAAAAAAAAUAAAAAAUUUAAAUGUACUCAGGGUACUAUAGGUUUUGUUUCAGAUUGAUGUAUGUGGGAUCUUAUCUAUUAUUUAUUGAAAUUUUGUUUAAGCUG